GCGUGCGCCCUUCUGGCGCAUGCGCGUAGGACAGCGAAGAAAAAGAUGGCGGGCUCCAGAUUUCGGACCCCGCUGUAUGGGCACGUGGGUCGUGGCGACUUCAGCGAUGUGUACGAGCCCGCGGAGGACACGUUCUUGCUGUUGGACGCACUGGAGGCGGCAGCGGCCGAGCUGGCGGGGUGCGAGGAGGGCGUGGGCCCCUGCAGGAGCGGGCUUUGGAGUGGAAAUAUGCCUUGAAGUGGGGUCAGGGUCUGGCGUGGUGUCUGCAUUUCUGGCGUCUGUGAUAGGCCCUCAAGCUUUGUACAUGUGCACUGAUGUUAACCCGGAGGCCGCAGCUUGUACCCUGGAGACCGCGCGCUGUAACCGAGUCCACAUCCAGCCAGUCGUUACGGAUUUGGUCAAAGGCUUGCUACCAAGAUUGAAGGAAAAAGUUGAUCUUCUGGUAUUUAAUCCCCCCUAUGUAGUGACUCCACCUGAAGAGGUAGGAAGUCAUGGAAUAGAAGCAUCUUGGGCUGGCGGCAGAAAUGGUCGAGAAGUCAUGGACAGAUUCUUCCCACUAGCCUCAGAUCUACUUUCCCCAAGAGGAUUAUUCUAUUUAGUUACCAUAAAAGAAAAUAACCCAGAAGAAAUUUUGAAAACACUGAAGACAAAAGGUCUGCACGGGACCACGGCACUUUCCAGACAGGCAGGUCAGGAAAGCCUGUCAGUCCUUAAGUUCACCAAGAGCUGAUGAAGUGUGCCAAGGACUGCUGCAAACCGAAUGCUUUCUGCAUAUUCUGAAACUGAAGUAUCUUCUCCUGGAAGGAGUUUUACCAGAAAUUUGUUUUCAAGAAAGAAGUGGGAAGGUGGUACUUGUCCCUCACUGGGAAUCAGGUUUUUAAAAAUACACUGUACAUGUGCAAGUACAAAUGCGUGUAGUAUAUUUAUAACUUUAAUUUUAUAUAUAAAGUGAUAUAUGAAGAGAUACUCAUUUCAGUACUAGUUCUAACAGAAAAACCAGGGAAUCUUUCUAAACAGGAAGGAGAUUGUUUAAAAUGAAGUACACUAUGUCUCACUGAAUAUAUAGCCAUUAAACACAAGUCAGGUCUGUUUAUAGAGGAGUAGAAGGGACCUGUGACAUAUCAUUGCUGGAAAAGAGCAAGUUAUGGAGGUUUUAUACGAUGUGUGUACCAGCUCCCCUCAGUGAAUGUAUUCAUCAUGUACAGAUGUACUAAUGACAAAUUUAAAAUCAUAAAAAAAGUGUUAAGAGACUUUGAAAUUCUCCAAGACAGGUACUACAUUUUCUACUUUUUUAAUCCUUUUAUCAGCAGUGCAUGGUACAUGGUGAAUAAUUAUAAAACUUUUCUUGAGUUACUGUUUUGUUGAAAAUCCUCUGCUUUUGCUAUGAUUAACAACUCUAUUCUCACAGGACUCCUGUCCCCAGUUCCUGUCCUUCUCUCUCCCUAACUGACCUGCCCUGGUUCAAAAGCCCACUAACAAGUGGCCUCUCUGCAAGCUCCCUGAACAGUCCCUGCAGUGCGUGGAAAGUCAGACGGAAUCCUGGACGAUCUUGUGCCAGGAUUUUCCUGCUGCUCCCCCCCAGGUCACCCAGACCCUCCAGCCUCCAGGGAUUCUUUAUCUGUGGAAAGGCGCUGCUUCGCUCUUGUACUGCAGAAGCAACUGAGUCAAUGAACUUCAACUUCAAAUCUCAUUCCAAACGGAGACCAGGACAGAGAAACUGAACAAGAUCACUACCUCCUACUUUUCAGAACAUCUUUGUGCUGUGAGCCAUUUUGUCAACUUCAAGAGAUUUGUAGUUGGAACUCAGGAACCAAAGAACAAUAUAAAGUCUUUUAACCACUGACCAUUUAUCAGCAGUUACCAGAUCCAUUAUUAGCAGAGCAGAGCCUGGGAAAAUUAUAGUUGUAUGAAAUCAAUAAAAAACUGACUUUUCUUUAAAAAAAAAAAAAAAAAAAAAAGUGGCCCCUUCCUCUGCCACACCACCUUCACCUUCCCAGCCUGCACCUGUGGGAGGUGGCCUCCUGCUCAGCUGACAGCACCCUACAGUCCUGUUCACACAUGACACUCUGGCACCAGAGCCCCUCUCUGGACACUCCUGAAGGACAGUGGUGAAGUGGUGAAGCAGAACUCGGAGCAGUGCACCUGGUUUUCACUUUGGAGGGGAAAUGAGUUUGGCUUCAUGGUCAGGGACUUGGAAGGGAUAUGAUGGGAAAUUUGGUGACAGACACUUGCAAAAGAGGCAUGGCUAAAUACCUCUACAUAGGCAAAGGAAAUAAUUAUUAAUGGUUGACUUCAGCAGAGGACUUUAAUUAAGUUGAUGACUCAUUCUACCAAUAGUGGCCAAUGUCUUUUCAAGCCAGUCCGGAUAUCCCAGUAGGUUCAUGGAAAAAAGUGGCCAUGGUGACAGAGAUUGAAGUUAUGCAUGGGGUCAGCAAUGUGGAUUUCUAUUUGCAGGGGCUGAUAUGGCUAAGUCUACUUCAGAGUAUGCAGUCUGACAGCAGCAAAAAUCAGCACUGAGCCUCUGAAAUGCACCAUUGCCUUGAGUGGUAGUUUCUCCCAUGUCUGUCUGCCUUCCCAGCAUGCAGUGCUUCUGCCAAAACUACCAUCUGUGGACUUAAACCUCUUCCAUCACCAUAGUUUUCCACACAGCAUCGCUUCUCAUCCCGGAGCUCAUUUCACACCAGACAUGGCUGCAGGUUCAUGCUAAUGCUAUUCACUGUCCUUACUGUGCUCCCUAUCGUCCUGCAGCAGCUGGCCAGGAAGAACAGAAGACAGUUACCAUAUUAGCUAGGUGUUAACAUCUUGAAAAGCCGAACCAGCAUUGUCUAGUGCACAUUACAUGGUUUAAAUCAAGUUUAAGUACCUGGACUAUGUCAUCCUUAUUUCCCGAUGAAUGUAACUUUGUGUACAUACAAGUGUUGCUUUAUAUAAUUCUCUAUCAUUAAUUUGUAUCAACUUGUUUAUAGCAUAUGUCAUUAAUUUUACAUCUUAGUAUUUAAAAUUUUAGGGUAUCAAGGGGCAAGAGUGAAUUCUUAAAGACUUUACCUCUUCUGGAAAAGGAGUUACUGUGUUUUCAGUUGUAGGCAGGAUAGUUCUGUCAUGUUAGGUGGAAUUAUGAUCUUGUUAUUGUCUUUAUUGGAGAUUAAGAAUGGUUUAUUGGGGACUGAGCAUGAUCUAGGGAUAUGUGUGUUAAUGACAAAUUGGCUUGGGGUGGUUAAUUUUGUAUGUCAAUUUCAGUAGGCCACAGGGUGGCCAGAUAGCUGUUUAAAUAUUGUUUUGGGGUCUGUGAGGGUGUUUACAAGUGAGAUUAGAUACAUAAUAUCUAUUAGAACAUCCUUAGGGUUUGGAUCUGAAAUAUCCAUCCUAAAAGCCAUGUGUUGGAGGCCAUCAACAGGUAGUGAUAUUGGAAACUUUAGAAGGUGGGGCCUAGCUGGAGAAAGUAGGUCAUUACAGAUCUGCCCUUGAAGGGCACUCUGGGAUCUUGUCCCCACUUCCUGCAGCUGUGAAAUAAGCAGGUCCCUCUGCCAUGUGUGUCCCACUGUGAUGUUCUGCCUCACAGGCCCAAACGUAGUGGACCCUACAGAUACAGCCUGAAACCUCAGAGACUGUGAGCCUAAAUAAAUCCUUCCUCCUCCUGUUGAUCUCAGGCAUUUCGUCACAGCAAAGCAAAGCUAACGCAAACACAAUUGAUAAAAAAUUUUUAAUUUAUGGAUAAUUAUUAAGCAAAACAUUUAAAAUCUUACUGAAACGCCAAGAGUUGAGACUUAUUUGUGGCACUUUCUUGUGCGUUAUUUUGUUUCUCAUUUUUCAAACUAGAAUGAUAGCAGUUGACAUAAAUUCUAUUCCUUUUUUCCUUUUUAUAUGAGAUCACUGAAAAAAUUUUUAUAUAGUAGACAAGUCGAUGAAAGAAAAGUUCCAUAGUGACUCAAUGUGUCCUCCAUGUCACUAGAGUCACUAAAACUUUUCUAAGUAAUAACUAAAGUAAAAUAAAUUUUAAUGAUUUACUGGCUGAAAGACAGAUUAGACUCAAAGAACAGAGAACCAGUCAGUUGCCAAAAAAAACUGACUUGUUAGACAUUACUAGAUUCUCAGUAUUAGGUAUAAUCAAAAUAUUUAAAUUUUUAAAUUAUAGCAAAAGAUACAUUACUGUUAUUUCCCUCAAUAUGUACUAGUUUCACUUAUUCUUGCCACUUUUCUGUUUAGCUGUGCUACCGUGACUGCUUUAAUGUCCUAAAUGGAUUCAAAAUAUUUACCUUUUAUGGUCAUUUUGAUUUGGGGGAAGAGCCAGAAGUCACAUGGUGCCAGAUCCAGUGAAUGUUUUUCAAGCCUGCCUUUCUGUUGGAUGGCACUCACUAGUAUAUUUAUUAUCAUACUUCAAACUCAGAAGACUACUUCCAGAACUGCUUCAGAAAGUGACAACAAUAAGGAUAAGUGAAGCGAGGGGGAGCAUUUUGAGAAUUAAUUGCAAUGUCUUUUACUGUAAUAAAACUUUAAAAAUUUAAACAA